AUGCCGGGCCAACAAACUCGCCAAUGGGUUCUCGCCAACCCACCGCUCAAUGACCCCGUCAUUGAGGGCAAUGACGCGACCUUUGACCUCAAGACCAACGAUCUCCCCAGCCCAGGCGUUGACCAGGUCCUCAUCAAAGUACUCUACCUCUCCAAUGAUCCAGCACAGAGAGGAUGGAUCCAAAAAGACAUGGACCCCGAGCGUCUCUACGUCGAACCAGUAAAGCAGGGCGAUGUAAUGCGUUCCUUCGCCAUCGCAGAGAUCGUCGAAUCUAGCACAGACAGCCUACCCAAGGGUCAGCUCGUCAUUGGAGACUUUGGCUGGACCGAAUAUGCCGUCGUCUCCGCCAAAGCCGUUCGCCCUAUCCAAGCCGAUCAGAGCGCCGGUAUCCGUCCCACGCACUUCCUCGGUGCACUCGGAGGAACCGGUCUGACUGCGUACUACGGCCUCAUCGACAUUGCGCGCGCUACUGCCGCCGACACCGUUGUUGUUUCUGGAGCUGCGGGCGCUACUGGUUCCAUGGUCGUGCAACUCGCUAAGAACGUUCUCGGAUGUAAACGCGUCAUUGGUAUUGCGGGUGGUGAGAAGAAGUGCCGCUGGGUCGAGAGUCUCGGCGCGGAUAUCUGCGUCGACUACAAGGCUGCAACUUUUGAAAAGGACUUGAUCAAGGCCACAGAAGGAUACGUGGAAGUCUACUUCGACAACGUCGGUGGCGAUAUCUUGUCGCUCAUGCUUGGUCGCAUGAAGCGCCAUGGACGUAUCGCUGCGUGCGGUGCUGUUGCAACAUACAACUCUAUGGGUGACAGCGGCGUUAAGAACUGGUUCGAGAUUAUCAGCAACAGGAUUGAGGUCAGGGGAUUCAUUGUUAUCGAUGCUCUUGAGUCGGGUAGGGCUGGACAGAUUGUUCCGGAGUUGAUCAAGGGAGUUAAGGAGGGCAAGAUUCAAGUUGGACCUGAGACGGAGACUGUGGUCAAGACUAAGUUUGAGGAUGUGCCGAAGACUUGGAUGAUGCUUUUCCAGGGUGGAAACACUGGAAAGUUGGUCACCGAGAUCCAGGGUUAG